AUGGACCAUCCUGAUGAUAAUAUUUCUACACCACAAAGGAUGUCCAUGCCAUCAUCUGAGCAACAAACGAUAGAUGAAUUUUGGAGGAAGAAACAAGAUGAAAUUGAGGCAAUUGAGGACUUCAGCAAGCGUGUGAUUCCCAUGACCUGUCUAAAAAAGGUCCUAUGUGCCGAGAAGGGUAAAAUGAUGAUGACAUUCGACAUGCCAUCCUUCGUCACAAAGGCAUGUGAGAUAUUUGUGCAGGAACUUUCACUUCGCUCUAGGAUGUGUGCCAAUUCCCACCAUCGGGAUAUCAUACUAGACUCUGAUAUUGCUGAGGCUAUUGUCUCCAUGGAGUCAUAUGAUUUUCUGAAUGAUGUUCUAUACAAACAUCAGGGAGAACACAACUCAGCCCAUCAUCCAAAGUCUAUUAAGAAGCGUAAUCACAAUAGGUUGACAGAUCAACCACAGACAUCCGGUCAUCGUCGUCCUCAUAAGUACCCAAUGCCACAAUUUAUUUCUCAGUCUGCAAGGUAUCCCCCCUUUGCUCUUCCUCCUCCUUUGCCACCAACAAAUGAUUACCAUGUGCCCCUACCCUUGCGGUUCCAACCACAAGAAGCAUGCCCCUUGAUGGCAACCACAAUCACACAGACACCAGUUCUGGGUGGACCAAUACAUCAUUUGCCUAAUAUCCCAAAUGAAGGCUACAUGAGCACAACUCCUUCGAUGGAUACAUAUUAUGUUGAAAGUGCUAGCAAAAAUAAUGUUGUCUCUCAAGAUGGAGAUGUGACAUUCCAUUACCCUUUUGUUCCUCCUGUUGCAUGGGAAUUAUCAUCCAUUCCACUAGUUGCUAAUAGUAAUGGCCCUAUUUCUACUGGAAUCACUGAGUUGAAUCAUACAAAACUGUUGGUUGCGCAUACUGGAAAUACCACACAUGUUUCUCAUAUUGCCAAUGCCAACGAUGGCAUUGAUCCCAAAGCUACUAUCAGUGUUCACGAUGGAGAACUGCAAGGACAACCAGAAAUAAGCAAUAGUAUUGUUGCCCAUCAUCUAAAUGUUAUGCGUGGAAGGUUAGACACAGAAGUCGUUUCUACUACAAAUCUGAAUGGGAGUAAUAACGGACAUAUCAAUUGGGAUGAAACUGAUAUGGCUGACGAUUCCCUACUGAUGGAGUUUUGGGAGGACGUCAUGAUGGAUGAAGACCGAUCACCUUUGCCAGACACUACCUCCACUGUUGGUAUUGUUCCUGUUCCUUGUGAUAAGCCAGAACUUGAGGGAUUUGAUCCCGAAUCAUAUCUUGUUGAUGACAUCAUCUCCGGUGAAAGUACCAGCAAGGAGGCAUAA